GGCCCGGCGCCCCGCUCGCCGCAGCGCCCCGCGCCCGCCCCCGGGCUCCCCGCAGCGCCGCCGCUCCCGGCCGCGCUUCCGCCCGCGCCAUGGCGGGGAAGGCGGCGGCGGCCGGCGCCGGGGUGCUCCUGGUCACCGCCAACGUCGGCUCGCUCUUCGACGAUCCAGAAAAUUUACAGAAGAAUUGGCUUCGGGAAUUUUAUCAGGUUGUCCACGCUCACAAACCGCAUUUCAUGGCUUUGCACUGCCAGGAGUUCGGAGGGAAGAACUACGAGGCUUCCAUGUCCCAUGUGGACAAGUUCGUGAAAGAACUGUUAUCAAGUGAUGCAAUGAAAGACUACAACAGAGCUCGAGUUUACCUGGAUGAGAACUAUAAAUCACAGGAGCACUUCACGGCUCUAGGAAGUUUUUACUUUCUUCAUGAAUCUUUGAAAAACAUCUACCAGUUUGAUUUUAAAGCUAAGAAGUAUAAAAAGGUUACUGGGAAAGAAAUCUACUCUGACACUUUAGAAAGCACACCCAUGCUGGAAAAAGAGAAGUUUCCACAGGAUUACUUCCCUGAGUGCAAGUGGUCCAGAAAAGGGUUCAUCCGAACAAGAUGGUGUAUUACUGAUUGUGCCUUUGACUUGGUAAACAUUCAUCUUUUCCAUGAUGCUUCCAAUUUAAUUGCUUGGGAAACAAGCCCAUCGGUUUACUCAGGAAUUCGGCAUAAGGCUCUUGGCUAUGUGCUUGAUAGAAUUAUAGAUCAGCGGUUUGAGAAAGUUUCGUAUUUUGUCUUUGGAGAUUUCAACUUUAGACUGGAUGCCAAAGCAGUAGUAGAGACACUAUGUGCAAAGGCCACGAUGCAGACCAUCCGGGCAGCUGACACCAAUGAAGUGGUCAAGCUGAUAUUUCGUGAAUCUGAUAAUGACCGAAAGGUUAUGCUGCAAUUAGAAAAGAAGCUCUUUGACUAUUUUAACCAAGACGUGUUUAGGGACAACAAUGGCACUGCGCUUUUAGAAUUUGACAGAGAGCUGUCAGUCUUUAAAGACAAAUUGUAUGAACUGGACAUCUCAUUUCCUCCCAGCUACCCCUACAGCGAGGACUCCAGCCAGGGGAGGCAGUACAUGAACACGAGAUGUCCAGCCUGGUGUGACAGGAUCCUGAUGUCCCACUCAGCCAAGGAGCUCAUUCUGAAGUCAGAAAAUGAUGAGAAGAUAGUAAUAUAUGACCACAUUGGGCCAAAUGUCUGCAUGGGGGAUCACAAGGAAAAAGAUGCCUCCGAGGUGAGAAGAUUUUCCGUGAAACCACACUGUAGCCAGGAGGGAAGGCAGCACACUGAAACCUGUAACCCUAACAGCUGUAUUGAUAAAUCCAGUCCUGAGUGCCACAUUUUUAGACUGCUGAUCGUACACUAUGCUUCAGCAUCUGGACUCUGUUCAAGAGAAGCCUCACAUACCUCACUGUCUUGUAUGUUCAUGUGACAUCAAGUAGAAAUGUGGAAUUAUUUUUUAUAUAUAUGUCACAGUUCUGUUGCCAAAACUCUAAAUAGACAGCAGAGAUGUUACUAUUCUAGAUUUCACAACCUUCAACUUUUAAUAAGUGUUUGUCGAUGUGGAAAAGCUAUUUCAGCAUAUUACAAACUUUUAAAGAUAACAUAUCCAUCUUUACCACUUUGGGAUUUUGUACAUUGGAUUGUAUAGAUAGAGAUAUUGAUGGUUUUAAAUGGUAUUUUCUUUUUUGACCAAGGCUUAUGGUUUGUGUUUUAGUCUUUUGGUUUUCAUUUUUAAUUUUUUUUUCUCAUUUUAUUUACUAUACUGCCAUGUUACAUGGUUUUUGAAUCACACAGCAGCUGCUUUCUAUACAUACAUAUAUGUGUGUGUAUAUAUAUGUAUGUAUGUGUAUAUAUACACAGAUAUAUAAAUAAUUUAUAAACCUGACCAAAACUUAUGCUAAAUAUACUUUCCAAUAUGAAUGCUUGAGAGUGCCAUAUCAGCAGUAAGUAUUGGAGUCUUAGCAGGUUUAGUUAAGUGUACAUCAACAACCAACAUUUAUAUAAUAAAUAAUAUAUAGCAGUGCCAUCCUGGAUACAGAUAUAUAGUAUACUAUAUAGCAUAUAUAUUAGCAAUUUCACUUUGUUACUCCUAUAAUCUCUUCUUUCUAUGUAAUAUUAAGGAUUGAAUGUGAAGUUCUUAGCUAGGUUUGGGUGUAACUUUCCAGAAUUUUGUAAACUGUUUUUGUCUGUCUUUUGUUACUGUUUUAUGGUGCCAUAUUCUAUAGUGAAACAAAAACAACACGGGAGAAGAAAACAAGUCUGCUUCAAGUAGCAACUGAAUUGGACACAGACUGUAUUUAUACAGUAUUAAAGAAAAAAACAAAAAACAACCAUCAACCCAACUGUAAAUUUUCCUGGUUAGUAGCUCAGUGCAGCCUACAAUAUAGUCUUGUUACAGACAUUUUCCUCCCACCACUAAAUACAACAUUAAAAGGUGAUUAGGGAGUCUGUUGAUGAAACACAAAUGUAUGUUUUAUUGAUUUAAUUUAGAACACUACGGAGUUCAUGGACUGCGUGAUGGCAUUAGAUUGAUGCUUGAUUUUGGUAUAAAUCACUACCAUUGGAAAUGAUUUGAUGUCCGCUUGCAGAGUUUUCUCAACAGAACAGCCCAGUUUAUACAAGUAUUGUUGCCCAAAGGGUGUCUGCAGCUCUGUAUUGUUACUGUGCCAUGUUGCAUUAUAACCACACAGUAAUUCUAUUUAAGCGAACUCAACUCAUGAUAACUCUGAAGGCCUUUAGAAAUGAGUACUCUGGUUCUCAAGCAAUAAAACUAAUCAUGGUGAACAUA